AUGAUAAGAAGUCCGUCAAUUAAAAAUGUAUAUAAUAGAGUACGCUUUCCAAUAGUAGUGCAAACAAAGAUUCCAAUUAGGCACUACAGUUCUAAGAAUGAAAAUAAUAGAAUACCUGAUAAGGGAAAAAUAUUGGAGUCUAAUGAACCAAAUAUAGUUGAAGAAAAAAAUAAUGAGAAGAUUACUUCUGGAGGGAGUAAUCAUAAGAAAUCUUUGAUAUUACCAAGAGUUCCAUCAACUGAGAAUAUUCCGGUAGAAGAAGUACAAACUGAUGGAUUAUUUGCUGGUUAUAGACCUUUGUUUCUAGGUAAUUGUCCAAUCGAUGAUGCUGAAAAAGGUUCUGAGUUGGAUAGAUUUCUUGCGUCAUUUUCAGAUUUGAAGCUACUCAAUAACGAAGAUUCUGAUUCAAAAGAGGUUAAAAUUGAAGAUAUUUUGGAAGACAUUCAAAACGAUAUACGGAAUGCUACAAAUGAAGAUAUUGGUGAUAAUUCUAGAACUCGAAAGCCAGUAGUCCCAUGGGAUGCUUCGAUCAGUGGUUUGAUAUAUAAUGAUAGACCGUUUAAAAAUAUUCCUAAUGAAGUAGUAAGCAAAUUGAAACCAUUUAAAUUGAUUGUAUUCGAGAGGAAAAUUGAGAGCAAUAAACAAAUAAAUGGCAAUAAAUAUAUUAUUAUGAAUGUUCACAAUUCAAAGAUUAACGAUAAAACAGAAAUGAUAGAUAUCUAUCAAGUGAAUAAAUCAAAGCAGCUUCAUGAUCAAAUAGAUGAUAAUACUAUUAUCGGCGUAUCGAAAAAAACUCUAAUAGAAAGCAAAAAAAAGUAUGAUACGGAAAUGAUAGAAUUUCUAACCAAGUUUAAAUUCAUGAAAAGCGAUCAAAGAUUAUUGACAAACUAUGUAAAUAAAAUUGAUAAAAUACUGAUCAAAGAACUUUAUAAAUUGACUAAAUUGACUAUUAAGCCAUUUUUUGUACCAUUUAACCUCCCAUUGAUAUUAUAUUUGCCACAAUGCAUUAGUUCAAGAAAUUCCUUAAAACGUAUUCUUCGAAAGCACAUUAAUGAUCAUACACUCCCUAUUUUAUCCACGAUAAUAAGUAAUAAUACAAGUACUAUUCAAAAUGAGAAAUUUUUAACGAAAUUCAAUUCAAAAUCUAAGAAUUUUAUAAAUGAAAUUUCAAAUGAACUACCUUCAAGGUAUUACGAUGAUCAAGAAAUAGAUUGUUUACUACAUAAAAGUCCAGUGCCAAACUUUAAAAGAAUUUAUUGGUUAAAAAAAAGUAAACGUAACAACAUUUUCUAUGGUAAAAAUAUCGACAAGGACUAUAUACUCGAUUUCAACAAUGAGUAUAAUAUUACAAGAAGUAAUAUCAAAUAUAUGAAAUACCCAAUUUGUCUAUAUUCAAAAACACUGAAAGAAUUCUUCUCCGGCGAGAAUUAUUAUGAUUAA